UUCAGUUCCAUCAUGGCGGCCAUCUGGUGAAAUUUUCAGCUGCGUUUUUCCUCAAAAUGGUUCAAUUCCAGGGAUUUUUCCGCUGAAUAGAAGUCGUAUUGGACGAUAGAGCGCAGCGUAGCGGUUCGGAGCACCAGCUGUUGAAGGUAUCCAGUCAACAUGGUGCUAUCUGAAACCAGCCUGCCCCUGAAGAUCUAUGGAAACGUCAAAUAUAGUUCCGAUGCCCUUGGGACAGGGAUAUUCAAGCAGGGAUGCUUGAUCCUACAACUCAACAGUAGAGGGAAGUAUGUCCUGGUGGUACAGCCCAAUCUGGGCCUCAGAGGUGAAAUGAAGUUGGAACAAAUGGCUCUGAACAAGUCCUACCCAAGGAGAGACGGGAGAAAAAAACUUGUCGUUCACUUCAAUGAGGGAGGCAGGAAGGUGAGGACUGCUGUCCUAGAAGAAGGUGAUCCCAGCGAAGUGGACCACUUUCGAGACUGCUUGGCCGAGGCCCAGAAGUUGGAAGGUUCAAAGGUUGCGACCCCUGCUGGCCGUAUCGUCUCACAGAGAGCAGGUCCACCAAUCACAGCUCAGACCCAGGUCACACCCUCCAAGAAGCGACCCAGGGAUCAGGAGAACCAGACACCCAACAAGUCUCUAAGACAGGCAGGGAACAUCAGAACUCCAGUUAAACACCCAGGACAAGUUACACCUGCAAAGGGAGAGCAGACCCCUAUCCGAGUGCCCACCCCCCGGCCUGACAGUAAACACACGACCCCCAGUCGGGACAGCAGUCUGUCCAGGUUCAGAAGGGAACACGGCGGGGGACAGUCUGAAGACACAGCUACACCAAGGACUGAGGCAAAACUACGGGACAACACCAAACAGAACGAUAGGACACCGAGAAAGGGCAAUUCUGAGUUCCUUGAGUCGGCUAAGAAGAAGUUUGAGGCUGGUGAUGAGAAGAGAAAGUCUUCAGCAUUUUCCUUGUCCACAAGUUUCUACAGUAACCCUUCUCCGAGGAACUACACCAUACCUAAAAGGCCAGGUCUGCUGCCUGCUCCAGUACCCAGGAGACCUCGCCUGGCUGAGAACUACUCAGGCUGGUCAGACAAGAACAAAGGACUGGUCAAGUCUCAGACUCAUCCUUCACUACAGGGGUUCUCAAACCUGGGGAACACGUGUUACAUGAACGCCAUCCUGCAGGCUCUCCGUGGCAUGGAGACUUUCAGCUCAGACCUCAGGAACAGGGACGUCAUCAGGACAAUGGACGAUAAAACACUCUACAGGAACAUCGCGGUGUUGUUCCAGUACUGUAACAAACCCACAGAGAAGCAGGAAGCAGGAAGGAAGCAGGAAUAUCUGAAGAAUGUGAAGACAGCCGUGUCGUCAUCUGCUCACAGGUUCUCUGGCUACCUGCAGCAUGAUGCCCAUGAGUUCCUGAGCCAGUGUCUUGACCAGCUCAGGGAGGACAUCAAGAAGGUACGAACAGCCAGGGCCAAGGACAGCCAGGAUGACAAGGAGAGCCUGUCUGACAGUUCAGAUGACCAGGGCCUGCCGUGUCCUGUCAGUCAGAACUUCCAGUUUGAAGUGAUCCACACCAUCCGCUGUAAGAACUGUAACGAUGUUGUCACUAAACAGGAGAAGUUCCACGACUUGUCCCUCACCCUGCCCAGGAAAAGGAAAGACACAAGUCCCAGAUCACUACAGGAUCUACUGGACCAGUUCUUCUUGGCUGAAGACAUUGAGUACAAGUGUGGACAGUGUGGCAGCCAGGAGAGCACGGUAUCUCACCAGUUCACCAAACUGCCCAGGGUGCUGAUUCUUCACCUGAAGAGGUACAACUACAACCACGCCAUGUCUGAGAACAUGAAGAUGGAACAGCCGGUGUUCCUGCCCCUGUACCUCACCCUGCAGAGCCACUGUACCGAGGAGACCAGCCCCUGUCUCCCUCCAACCAUCCAUCGGUCUGUCCAUCUACAGACAGAGAGGAGAACAGACACUGCUGGAGACCACAGAAAUGGUGGAACAUCAGCCAACAGGCCGUACAGCUUCAAGCCUGCCAGUAAGCAAGAGAGGGGGAUGGAAUCUUCUGCAGAUAGGAACCAAGGAAACAGAAACAUCAAGACAGAAUCUGAAGACAGGAGCCAAGGAAACAGCAACAGCAAGUCGGAAUCUCACCUAGUUCCAGAGGAUCCAGAAGAAAUAGAAAUGCAGAGGGCACUGCUGUUGAGUAGAGAGCUGGCUGCAGCUGAGAGACACAGGCACAACAGCAGCUUCAGUCUGGAUAAUGUCAGUGAAGAGGAACAGAUGCGGAGGGCACUGGAGAAUAGCAUGGUGGACGUCGCUUCAGAGGAAGCUCCCAAACCGCAGGAUUUGACCAUCAUGUCUCCCUGUGUGCUGACACCAUUGAACAAGACAAACAACCAAAAGCCAGACUUGGACAAAAGCAAGCCCUCCUCCCUAAAACCGCCUCCGGAAGCCAAACUCUUCUCCAUCGUUGGCGAGAAAAACGUGAACGGAACAAGCGGAGAGAAUGCGUCAGACAUGCUGGACUUUAUCGAGGGAAAUGAGUCAGAAACCUUCGAGAUUCAGUACAUGGAGGAGCCGCAAACCGUGGGUCUGUGUGGGGGAAAUGACAAUCCCAGAUACGCCUCUCCGGAGCAGGUAAAGCGAAGACACCACUCAGAAGGUGGCACAACAAAACUGGGCCUGUCCAACAGCAGCAAGAAGAAACGGCUCAGCUCUCCUGGUAGUGUUAGGGCUCCGCUGGCAAGAAGCAAGGGGCAAAGGACUCUAGGGAAAUGGUUAAAACGUAACUGCUUCACAGUAGGCAGCGGAGCAAAGGAAAGCUGCAAAGAAAUUCUCAAAGACCAGUCUAACAGUGGUGGUAGUGGUGGCAAAAGAAGGAAGGAAGAGAAGAACAUGCCGGAAGAAGAAAUCACAGACAGCUCGCAAGACGAUGAGAUGCAUUCUUCAACACAGCUGACAGAAGUUAGAAGAAGGAAGGAAGAGGAAGAAAUUGCUGUCAGCUCUCAAGAUGAUGAGACGGAUUCUUCUACACAACUGAAAGAAGUCAAAAGAAGGAAGGAAGAGAAGAUCAUGUCAGAGGAGGAAAUUACCAUCAGUUCUCAAGAUGAUGAGGCGAAUUCUUCAACACAACUUGAGAAGAUCCAAAGAACGAAGGAAGAAAAGAGUAUACCUGUAGAAGACAGUUCUGAAGAACCACAGUCAUCAACCGACUUGGAAGACAUAGCCAUCUCCAGUGAGCUAGAGACAACAAGCGAAAGUGAUGCAUUCCCACAGAAGACUGUCAAGGAACCUGUGAAGAGUUCGGAAGACGAAAGUGAGAGUGAGCAAGACGAUUGCCAAGAAGUUGCAACUCAGAAGAAGGAUCCUAAAAAAUCAUGCACUGUAACAGUCAGAAAUGGCCAUGCUACUGAUAUAGUGUCUGCAGAUGAGGUUGUCGCCGAAUUUCACAGAGACCUAGCAGAAGAUUCGUCAGAAGAGAAACCCGAAUCUGAGGCUACGAACGCGGAGGCUGUCUCGUUGCAACGUCAAGCAAGCAGCAGCGGCGACAACGCUGCCGACCCCAACAACAACCAGGACUUAAACAACAACUCUGAGGCUGAUGUGGAAAGCGAAAGCGACAAGGAAAACCAGCAGCCAGAGGAGGAGGUCGUAGGUCAAGGGUCGGUCCCUGCCGUGACCCUGCCUGACUGGGUGACUGAGCAUGCUCAGCAAGGAGAUCAGAGUUACCGACAGAAGGAGGAUGAGGACUUCAGGAGGGCGAUGGAGGAAAGUCUGGCCAUGCAGAGACAGCAGGAGGAGAAGGAGGAGGAGGAGCUAAGGAAAGCCAAGGAGCUCAGUCUGCAAGAAUUUGAGAAUGACCAGUUUGACAUGAGUCUGUAUGAAGAUAUGGAAGAUGAAGAAGCCCUGGUAGAGAUCACCAGGUCUGUGGAGGAAGCCGAGGCCAUGAAGAAAAACGCUGAGACUGGGGACCUGCCCUACUCCUUCCGUCUGGUCAGCGUGGUGAAUCACAUCGGCAAGAAAUCAUCCUCAGGCCACUACAUCAGUGAUGUUUAUGACAUGCAGAAGCAAACAUGGCUGAAGUGGGACGAUGCACAGGUGGACAAAACCACCGAGAAGUUUGUCAGGGAAAACCGCCAGACUUCUGGAUACAUCUUCUUCUAUAUGAACAAGGACUGUUUUGAUGAUGUGAUGGCACAAACUCAGCACUGACUGUCCUCGAGCACACUACAAACACUGGAGCAGUGAUGAAAACAUCAGCCAGAGACAGACAUACAGUCUUAGAGUUAGACAUAUGUACAUUGUACUAUUGCCAAUUAUUUGAUACAUACAGUCUUUGAUACAUACAUACUGUCCUCUUUAUAUGUACUAUGUCCAGUCAAAUUAUUUGAUAGGACAGACUGUUCUAAACUGUGUAGCAGGGGCCCUGUAUAGUCAUGGUCCACCCUUUAGCACUGAGUUCUGUAGGUUCCUGCAAACACUGUUAAACUUACAUUGUAUAGGCUACAGAUGUACAUCUAGCUUUCAGCUCACUUGUUAAAUUGUGAUUGUUAGAGCAAAGAGGUUCUAUUUAAAUGAUAGUGAUGACCUUUUUCUAUUUGUAUACCUACUUGGUUACAUCAGAAUAGUUUCCU